UCAGCAAUAAAAUCAUCUGAGAAUAUGAUGUAGCCGUCAAGAAUUAUUGCUCUCUCUCCGAUACAUCCCUCCAAUCCAAAGUCCCAUUCAAAUUCUGUGACAAUCCGGAAAAUUAUUUGUUUGCUUGGCGCGAUGGGGAAUCCGAAGCAGAAGUGGACAGCCGAAGAGGAAGAGGCGUUGCGCGCCGGCGUCGCCAAGCACGGCGCCGGAAAGUGGAAAAUUAUCCACAGAGACCCUGAGUUCCAUCACCUCCUCUCUUCUCGCUCCAAUAUUGAUCUCAAGGAUAAGUGGAGGAAUUUGUUUCCUAGUAGCCAAGGGCCAAGAGAUAAAUCGAAGGCAACAAAGGCGAAACCGAAUCCUGCUGAUGCUCCUGCUACUCCACUGCCAACUUCACAGACCUCGGGUUCAGUUGCUCGGUCGUCCAAGGAUGCAUCUACAGAUGUUGUUAUGAUAGACUCUUUAAGACCCUUUCCAGAGGGGAUUAAUGCUUCCAAGUACAAUACAAUGAAAUUUGAGGCGUCGUCAACUCUUAAAAACCUAAAUGAUUUGGAUUCUAGUGCAAUAGCCAGCUUUAUUGAGCAAAAGCAUGAGGUACCAAUUCAGAGCAUUGGUUGCCCUGUCGAUACAGUGGAAGAGGCAGCAGCCUCCGCUGCCUACCAAAUUGCAGUAGCUGAAAACAAAUCAUUUGUUGCUGUUGAAUCUGUGAAAGAGUGGGAGAGAGUAGAUAGAAUGGCCCAAGACAAUGAAUCAAUCCUACAAUUCGCAACGGAUUGUCUCAAUCAAACGACAGGCGAAAUAUUGGUAAUGGCAUAAGAAUUGUUGCUGCAGUGGUGGUGGCAUUAAGGUUCGGUGUUCUGCAGUUCGUUACCAGAAUCUUGCCAUGGUUCCUGCUGAAUUUCGAUAGGUUAUUUAAACUUUAGGAUUUGAAAAUAUUACUAGCAUUGCUUGUGUAGUUUUGUAGAAGGUGCCUAGGGUUUCGUAUUUAUAGCAUUUCUCGUCGUUUUGUUUUGCAACGACAAGAGCAUCCUGAACGAGUUACAAACCCAGUCAAAUAGUUAGGGAACA